UCCAUUUGGCACAAAAAUCACUGAGAAAUCACCAUUUCGAUUUUAAAAAAUGAAUAACACAAUUUCACUCCCAUUCAGCGACUAAAGUUAAUGAACAGUAGCAAUUUUUCAUAGAGUGGAAAUAAAUAGCAGAAUGACUACCCCGAAAAAGGAAACAGCUCAAGACGUUAAACUCCACGAGCUUAUCUUGGAUUUACAGAAAAUUCCAACGGCUGAGGGAGAAGAACAAAGCAGAAGUGUUGGAAAAAAUGGAGAGGAUCCACGCGCAGCAAAAAGCCGCAACCUUUAGCAAGAGUAAACAGAAGGGAAGAGAGGAGAAAGCAGCGGCCGAGGCGAGUGGGGAGCCGGUAAAAAAGCCUGAGGAAAAACUCGGGAACACAACAGAGAGGAGAGUUCCCGGGGAAGAGACAACUCGUGUGAACCCACCAAAAGAGCUGGAACCAGUGGCUUCACAUUCAGCAUCAGUGAGGUCACCGCGUGCCCCGAGGAACGUUCGUGGGAGUGACAGUGAGUUAUCAGUUGAGAGAUUUGAUAGAAUGAAUCAGAGGCAUGAGGCAUGCACCAACUGCUGUGGGGGUCUCCCAGGACGUGGUCCAGGCACUGGGAGAAUUGGUGGAGGUGGUCAGUGCUGUGGUUCUCGUAAAGUGAACCUCUCUGAUUACGAGGGAGAGAGAUUAAGAGGCGGUGGAGACAAUGGUGAAUCACCACGUGAGAAAUCACCGGAGCGAUUCCGUGGUGGAUGUGGAAGUGGCUGCUUCCCACCAUCUCCACCGUGCUUUCAACUUCCUUGUGCUCAUCCACCACGGAAUUCGUCUUGUCCACCAACUCCACCAACGUGUUGGCGAUCACAUCGAUGGCAAACCACUUGCCAGAGCCAACGAAUUGGAAUGAGAGGGAAUACAAAGCCCAACUGUCCUUGUGGUAGCUGCGGUGGACCUGGGUGUCGUGAUAAUCCUGGAAGGACAAGUGAUUCUGGAUGCUGCAGCCGGGGACCAGCUGUUGGAGCUCCUUGCAAGUGUAAAUGCCAGUCUUGUCAGAGUUUCCAGCCCCAGGGCGGCUGUGGAGGCCAGUCCUGCGGUAAAAUGUACAGUUGCUCAGGUUCUGGAGGUGGUGGAUCUUGCUUUCCAAGAAACUACCGUAGACGAGAGGAUUCAGGGUGUUGCGGGGGCAGCAGUCCACAACACCGAAGUGGUUGCUGCUGAUGAGACUCAGUACACUCGGAAAACUUUCCUCAUAAAGCUGACAAUUCACCGAAAGUGAAAAGUUUACCGUUAAAUGGCACACAAAAACGUGGAAGCAUUGGGUCUCGAGUUUUGUUUCACUGUUGCUUUUCCAAUACCUCGGCUCAUAUCAUUGUGGGAAGAGAUUAUUCAGUGAGUGGAAGAACUUUCCGCUGUCGUCAAUCGGGGGCUGGUAUUUUUUGUUCUAAUAAAUUGGAAAUAAUUACAAAUAAUAUUUGGA